CCAUUUUGUCCCAUGGCUAAAGAUGGUUUGCCAAAAACUUAUUCUCAUCCUCCAACAGAAAACAGCAAAACAACUGAAGCAACCAUUUUACUUGGGGUUAACAACACUACUCCUAAAUCAGAAACAACCAUUACUUCAGAAGACCACAUUACUUCAGUAUAUGACUAUACACUAGAAAAUAAUUUUUCAACAGUAGGCAACAAGUUUACAUCUCCAAAGGAAAAACAAAAAUCAGAAGAUGAUGCUGAGCCUCAUUUUAUUAAGUCAUCAACAUAUCUGAAGAAAGAAAUUACUACUCUGAUAGGCACAGCAAACUCCAUGGCUAAUGACUCUAUUACUGAAAACUUCAUUCCAAUUAAAAUUGGUAAUAUCUCGUCACCUAGUGCUACUGUUUCUUUAAUAGGCUUUUCCAUUAACGUGGCAAAAGACAUUCUCUUGGAUAUCACUGGCCCAGGGAAUGAAGAUGUCUCAAUAACUUCUGAAGUCUCUGGCAGCCUGAAGGAUGGAACCACCAGCAUUGUGGACACCCCUGCCCUUCCAGCUAAGAAGGAUGAACCCGAUGUUAACAAUUACAGUUCCUCAAUUAAACCCAACAUCACUGCUGAAGAGGCUGUCCAGAUCACCAACUCAUCUGUUCCUGAGGCUGAAAUCUCUCCUGCUGCUAAAAAAUACUUCAUCACUAUUCCAGACAUAGCUGCCCUUACAGAAGAGAAAAUGACUGAAAUUGACCUAAGUAUUCCAGAGGACAACCCUGAUGCUGUGCCUACACUAAUAGACUCUGAUGAGAAAACAUUCAUCAGUCUGUUUGAGCUCACUACCACUGUCAAAAGGGGCAACAAUAACCCAGAAGAUAUUCUGCCAACUGCUGAAUAGUCUAUGGAUGAAACCAAUGUUUGGAUGGAGAAAAAUAUUACAAAUGAAGAAAACCAUCCCAAUUUGCUUCCUUUUAUUGAAAUUAUAUAUAACUUUGUAGUCCCUACAUCAGUAGAUGUGAACCUCAUGAAAGAUUCAUCUUUUACAACAAAAGAUCUGUCUGAAAAUAAUACAGUGGAAUCUGUAACUAAGGACAGCGAGCCACUUUCAAGAGCUACCUCUGAUCUAGAUACCCUAACCCACAAGGACGAUGCUGUUACAACUGAAAUGGGUGUCUUUAAGCCACUGGAAUAUAUUUAUGGAAACUUCAAAAAUUCACUGGCGAAUUCUUCCUUGGGCUCAGUGACAUCUAUGCUGACCCAGAACAGCACCAGAAAACAAAAAAACCCAGGCCCCUCCUCCUGUGCAAUCCCAGCUGGGAGGCAGGCAGUGGCCCGCAGAAGUGCACCUCACCUCCGGCAGUGGCAGAGUGAAUUCCUGGUGGCACCAGGAAAACCAGUCCCCACCCCUUCACCAUCCCAGCAGGGAGUUGGCAGUGGCAGGGGCUACAGGGGCGCGCACUUCGCCUCUGGCAGCGCACCUCACCCCCGGUGUCGGUGGCGUGAAUCCUGCGGCACCAAGAGAAACAGGUCCCUCCCCCAUGAGAUCUUGACUAAGAAGCCGGCUGCCAAAGUUAGUGAAAGUUCCGAAGAACAUUUUAAACUGCCUAAACAAUUAAGUGCUAAGCUGUUAAGACAUUUUGUAAAACCUGAACGAGCUCCCGGAAGUCCACAUGGUCACCAUGGUCGGCAUGAACCCCUCAGAGGCCACCAUCCCCUUCCCUGCCCCCACCGUCCCCAAGGCCCACAUCGUCCACCACCCAGACCUGUAUCACCACCUGAGAACACUGUAACUCCUCAAGCACCAUCAGCCCCUUCUAGCACUGCUCCAACCCUGAUUUCCACCAGUGCCACUGCUGCUGCCACCACCACCGCCACCACUGCUGCUACCACCACUGCCACCGCUGCUGCCACCACCACUGCUUCGACUGCCUCUGCUGGAAAAACUGCAGGCGUGGCAUCCAGCACCCCGGCUCCCAACAGCCCCCAGCCUGAAGACGUCACCCUUCAAGCUGAAGACAACAUCCCCCAAACUGAAGACCUCACCAGUGCGCCUGUGGCUGGCACUACCACGGCCCCAGUAGCCAACACUACUGCCGUCAACCAGCAACAAGAGCUUCAGUAA